AUGAUCAAUGCGUACUUCAGUGGAAUGAAACUGCGCUUCAUGGUUGGCGAGAAGAUGACAGCUUGGCAGAGACUGGAGAAGGGAAUAGUGACCGGGUGUACCAUCUCAGUUGUCCUGUUUGUGAUGGGCAUGAACCUCAUAAUCAACCCUGCAAACAAAGAAACCCGCGGGCCUAAGACAUCUACAGGGUUACACCUGCCAACAAACAGAGGCUUCAUGGACGAUCUAACAGUGACAACACAGACACACAUACAAGCAAGAUGGGUACUGAAAGUAUUGGAGGAGGCAGCCACCUGGGCUAGAAUGAAUUUCAAACCCAAGAAGUCCAGAAGUCUGGUCAUCAAGCGCGGAUCAGUCACAAAAUGGUUCACCCUACAAGUCCAAGGGGAAGACAUACCAUCAAUUAUGGACAGUCCCAUAAAGUGCCUGGGCAAGUGGUUUGAUUCGAGCCUUAGUGACAAAGCAAACGUAGAGCGCAUCAGAUCACAGCUCCAGGAAGGGCUGAAACAAAUUGACAAAUCCGCUUUACCAGGAAAGUUCAAGGCAUGGCUCUUCCAGAAUGCACUUCUCCCCAGACUGAUGUGGCCCCUUAUGCUAUAUGAAAUACCGACAUCCUCUGUCGAAUGCUUGGAGAGAAAGAUCAGCAAACACCUGCGCCGAUGGCUGGGAAUACCACCAAGCUUUACCAGCAUCGGAUUGUAUGGGCGAUCGAACCAGCUACAACUCCCGCUAUCAUCACUAGUGGAGGAGUUCAAAGUUGCAAAGACACGACUGGUAGUGACGCUCAAGCAAUCGCAGGACAGUUCAAUUCGAAAUGCUGGGAUUGAAACUAGGACAGGGAGAAAGUGGUCAGCAAGCCAAGCAGUCGAACAGGCCGAGAAAAGACUCCAGCAAAAAGACAUUGUCGGCAUCACAGCUGUAGGCAGACAGGGGCUAGGCAGCUCCAAGAUAACAUUAUGGAGCUCUGCUGGAAACAUGGAAAGGAGGAGAAUGGUGCAAGAUGAAGUCAGAGCAGCAGGAAAAGAAGACAGAAGAGCGAAAGCUGUGGCUAUGGGUGCCCAAGGUGCGUGGACGAAAUGGACAACGACAGAAAGAAAACUGACCUGGGCUGAUAUUUGGAGCUACGAACCACUGAGGAUAGCGUUCCUGCUCAGAUCAGUCUAUGACCUGCUACCGUGA